GGAAGAGUGGGUAAUAACUCCCACACAACUCUCUCUCUCUCUCUCUCUCUCUCCUCUUCUCCGGCCACCGACGCCCUCAUAUUCCGGCGACCUUCACUAACUCCGGCCACUCCACUUUCUUCAACUCUCUCUCUCUCUCUCUCUGAAAACUUCCAAUCUGCUGCUACCUUACUCCAAUUUCAAACUUCAUAAAUUCAAUUUCGAGAUCCAACAUAUAAUUCAAAAUCUAGGGUUUAUCGCACAGUACUGGAGGAUACAUACAGAUCAUGGUACAUUCAUUCCAUUUAUUCCGGAAUUUAAUCAACUCAAAAAACAGUUGUAAAUGUUAGAUAUUAUUGUGUUAGAAACUUACUCUGCAAUUAAUCAGUUAUCCAGUUAAUUAAUUUGUGCAUCUCGAUAACAUUAUUAUCGUGAAUCUGUUCAAUUUGUUCAGUUAUUAGUUGUCAGUUGUCUCAAUUUAGUGAGAAUUGUGUUAAUUGUGUUGUGAUUGAGGUGUGAUGGAUAGUUAGGGUUUGGAUUUGGGGGAUCAUGGGGAUGAAAGUGUUGGGGGAGGGUAAGGUGGAGAGGUUGAAGCGGUCGGUCGGGUAUUCGAAUGCUAGGGGUAAUAAAAUGAAGCUGUGGAUGGUUAGGGCUACUACUGUGGUGUUGUUGUGGACUUGUUUGGUUCAGUUGAUGGCAUUGGGGGAGUCUUGGGGACCUAGGGUUUUGAAAGGGUGGCCUUCGCAUGAUUCGGUUAUUUCGGGUGCUGCUUUGGAUGUUAAGUUGUUGCCGGUUGUUCCGGUUAGAGAGCUUCCACCCAAGAGGGUUUACAAGAACAAUGGUUACCUACUGAUUUCAUGUAACGGAGGACUUAAUCAAAUGCGAUCUGCUAUAUGUGAUAUGGUUGCAAUUGCAAGAUACUUGAAUGUUACACUCAUAGUUCCUGAGCUGGAUAAAACGUCUUUCUGGGCGGAUCCAAGGUAUGCCAAAUUAUCUCUGGUAUUAGCAUAUGGAAUCACGAGAGUUAAUUUAUUGUUUUCGUUACUAAAUUUCAGUGAAUUUGAGGAUAUUUUUGACGUUGAUCAUUUCAUUACGUCCUUGAGAGAUGAAGUGCGGAUACUUAAACAGCUUCCUAUCAGGCUUAAACAGAAAGUCGAAUCGGGAAUUCUGCAUACAAUGCCUCCCGUUAGUUGGUCUGAUAUUUCAUAUUACCACAACCAAAUUCUUCCUUUGAUUCAAAGAUACAAAGUGUUGCAUUUGAAUAGAACGGAUGCUCGGCUGGCCAAUAGUGGUCAACCGGUUGACCUCCAGAAGCUGAGGUGUCGAGUAAAUUUCAGUGCUCUAAGAUUCACUAGUCAAAUUGAAGAAUUGGGUAGACGGGUCGUUAACCUUUUAAGAAAAAAUGGACCUUUUUUAGUGCUUCACCUUCGAUACGAAAUGGACAUGUUAGCAUUUUCUGGUUGUACUCAAGGAUGCAAUGAUGAGGAGGUGGAAGAGUUGACCCGAAUGAGGUAUGCUUACCCAUGGUGGAAAGAAAAGAUCAUAAAUUCCGAUUUAAAACGAAAAGAUGGUUUAUGCCCUUUAACUCCCGAAGAGACUGCGCUUGCGUUAAGGGCACUUGACAUAGAUCCGGGCAUCCAGAUUUACAUUGCGGCUGGUGAGAUAUACGGUGGGGAAAGGAGAAUGGCUACGCUUGCAUCGGCAUAUCCGAAGCUGGUACGGAAAGAGACUCUAUUGGGACCAGACGACCUUAAAUUUUUCCAGAAUCACUCGUCACAGAUGGCAGCAUUGGAUUACCUUGUGUCACUGGAAAGUGAUAUUUUUGUCCCUACUUAUGAUGGAAACAUGGCCAAAGUCGUAGAAGGCCACCGCAGAUAUUUGGGUUUCAAGAAGACGAUUCUAUUGGAUAGAAAACUACUUGUUGAACUAAUAGACAAAUACACGACCAACUCGAUGAGUUGGGAUGAAUUCUCGAGCGCUGUCAAGGAAGCCCAUGCAAACCGAAUGGGGAACCCGAUAAAAAGAUUAAUUAUUCCAGACAGACCCAAAGAAGAAGAUUACUUUUAUGCAAAUCCAGAAGAAUGCUUGCAGCAGCCUUCUUCAGACAAUGAACCUGUGAAUAUCAUCCAAUGAAAGCCACCAUUUUUAUCCGACAAUUUUCAUAAAUCUGUACAAGUCCUAGAAUGCGGUUCAAGGUAUUGAAGAGCAUCUUUCACACACGACCGGAGGGCGGGACUAUCGAUCGCUUCUUUUUUAUUUUUAUAAACAUAUCAUCAUUGUCGUUCUAUGAUUUAUGUAUAGAAAUCCCCUGACAUUCCAGGGUCAUACCUUCAUAUUUAUAAAUUAUAUUAGAAUACACACAUAUUGAAUCGGGAUCAA